ACUAUUAAUACUGACCGCUUCCCCGUUUUAGACAUGUGUAACCUCGUGCAAGCCUCGGAACCCCAAUGUCCCGCAUCUCGCUUCCGGAUGGGGCCAUCAUCCUCCAAAUCAAAACUAAUGUCGCCCCCGAUUCCUCCUCCGACCGCUUUUGACGCCGGACUCAUCGCAACAGAACGAAUAUUUUCCACCCUCAAUGUCGAAAUUGAUCAGCAGAAUCGGAUUAAAUAUGACAACACUGCUUGCUAUGGUCAUCGUCAAACGGACGGAGGUCACCUCAUUGCGGAAGAAGAGGCAAAAAUUUGCCAAGUUCUUCACGACAUGAUGACCCACAUAAGUGGCGGUGGUGGUGGUGAAACGGGCAGCGGUGACGACACCGGCGGUGAUGGAAGUGGCGGCAGAUUUGGUCAAGAGUGCGCUCUAGGAAGUGGACCCAACUCGGCGCGGGGGACAAUCUCGUCGGCACGAAGUCAACUGAACGCCUUGUCGUCACACCGCAAAUCGGCAGAGUUCCCAACCACGACGAAUUCUGAAUAUCUCAGAUAUGAUGACUAUCCAUCUCAUCAGACAUCCAUCAUCGUUCCUCGUAACACCGGAAGCGAGGUAAAUGACAAUAUUAACAAUUAUAAAACCACGACGAGAACGAGAAAAAAUGUGGCACGGCAUCAUCACCACCGAGAUCGUGAAGAAUCUCCUCAAGAUCAGCGGCAGCAGUAUCAACCCCAAAAUAAUUCUGGUUCAGGUAAUAACCAAUUUGUCGAUUACUACGGCCAGCAGCAGCAGCAGCAACAACAACUACCAGAAGUUUCACCCCAAGAGCACACUUAUCCACUUCCAAUGGACAAAGCCACGAGUACGAGCGACGUUCCCGUCCCAUUUCCCAUUUUUGGGUAUUCGACCCCAUUCCACGCUCAGCCCCAUUUCCAGGCACCUCACAAUCACCAGUACGCCACGACCCAGAUGCACAAUACUGCACCAAAUAAUUGUGGAAUUUUGGCCGGAAAUCACAACCAUCAACAGCCCAUGAUCAUGCCUCCAAUUUACAUCCUCCAAACCAUGCCAAACCAACAAAUGCCCGUUUUCCUGGUUCAAACACAAACUUCUCCCUCCUCGGGAGGUCAGCAAGGCCCCAUAUUUCUCCAACCAGUCCAAUACCACCAUCAGAUCCCUGCUCAGCCCCCACCCCCCGAGGAACAACCCUCGUCGCCCGUGCAACACGCCUCCUUUCAGCAGUCUCAACAGUUCACAACCGUCAAAGCCACACGAGUAGAGACACGCACCACGGUUUUAAACGACCCCAGUCCUGCCGCCUCAACACAGUCCGACUUCUCCAAGUACGAGUACAUCAAACAACUAGUUUCCAACGAUGGACAGAAGCCAAUCACCAAGAAGCAGCAAAGUCACACCUCCGCAAAACUAGCUCAGCACCAGCAAACCAAGAAGGUCAGGUCGACCUCCAAGAAACGAACAAUUCUCGGUCACGUCAUAAACAACAAUGAGACCGAGUUAAAUUCUUCACAUCCCGAGAGGGAAAUGACCUUCAUCGUGGGUCCUUCCCCGGUCGAAUCUAUGCAUGAAAUCGAACUCUUACGAAAUCGUGGCAAAACCUUGCAAAAUUUCACAUCUCACAGAUCCACCCGAAAGGGUGAAUCUUAUUCGGAUACGAUGCUUCACCGCGACAGAAAUACGAAGCCCGCUGCGUCCUCCACUUAUCAACAGCAGCAACCGAUAAGCGACGACCAUCAUCACAACGAUUACGUCGACUUGUACGGAUCCGACGAGGACGAACAAUCUUUCGACCAACGACACAACAUUAAUCCCGACUUGCUCGCCACACCGGCGACGUCCUCGCACACCAUCACGAUCAAAACGAAUGGGAAAAACCAGCACGGACGACCCUGCAUUUCAUCCAGGAAUGAGGACGACUAUGAAUUAAACCGUAUCGACGAUAUCCUCAAGAACGAUAAGAACAAUAACAAUGAAGAACAAUCACUUCCCGCUUAUCAAAAUCUGUCCAACUCCUCCAUCCUGGAAGCCGAACCAGUCCGCCGACGCCCUCCACCCCGCACGGCACGCUUACCGUUACGAAACAGCAGAGUAUUUCAGAAGAAAGGAGUCCUCAAAAAGCCACCGCCCCCUCAAAAAAAGGAGCCUCCGAAAUCCUCCGAUGAUCUCAAAAUUCAUGGUCUCUAUCCGACCACGGAGACGCUGGAGACGUGGCCAUAUCCAGAUCCUGGUUUCAUGCGGGACAAGAAAUCUGUCACGGAUCAACAGCGAGAUCACGAGUCCAUCACGGAAAAAUCGGUGCAGGAAGGAAUCUCCCUGAUUGAGGAUGGCUCGUCGUGGGAGAGGAACGUUUGUGGGUUGAGGGUUAUCUCGGUGCAGGUUCAAUUUCAGGAGGCCGCCGUUCUGGAGAGGUUGCCUUGUUUGGUUUCGUCAAUCCAGAAGCAUAUCCGAGCUUCAGGUUCAAAACUAGCCCGACAAGCCAUUCUCACCCUGCGCGACCUCUUCACCGUUCUCGGACCCCAUUUCGACCCAUUCCUCGCCGGAAUGUCGGAACGUCUCUUUUCAAAAAUGGCAAACACCAACAAGUUUAUCAAAGACGAUUGUGAAGCCACUCUCGAGUCGAUGGUGGAACAUUGCUCGCACCCAAAAAUGAUCACAAUCCUGGAAAAUGUCGCGAGAAGGCAUAAACAUUCCGCCAUACGGCUCGUCGCUUGUAAAAUGAUUACAAAAUUCAUCACAUUCGUCGGACCAAAUUCCGCCCUGGAAGACUAUGCUCAUCUAAUUUUGCCUCUGCUGUGUUGUAAUUUGGCCGAACGGACGGGUGAAAUUAGAGAGGAAGCUCGAAAUUCACUCCGUCUUUUAGUGCCAAAUCCAGAUUUUGACGCUUUUAUGCGACACAAUGUCAGCCCCCAGUUUAUAUUUGCGAUUUGCGAAAAAUUGGAACGAAUUCGAGACGAGGUAUCCAACCGACCCCAUCGGCCUCUCGAACUUCGCCGGAAGCUAAGUCGGAACCACAGCCUCUUCAGGUUUAAAUGGCAAAACCAACAGCACAAAUUUGGUGGAAGUAGUAGCACGAACAUGAUGUGAUAAUUAACUUGACAUUUAAUAAGUACUUAAUUAUUAUUCAUCGACAUUCUCUCUUCACAUGUGUCCACCUCUCUAAUUCAUCUCUGUAAAAAAAAGUCUGUCGGUCCAAUGUCAAAUGGCAAUUUAGACGCUAAAUGAUUCCAAUUUUUGUAAUGAAGUAUAUUAUUUUGUAAUCCAGA